CCAGUGCCCGUGUGUGCCCGUGGAGCCCUGGCUGGGAGAUGGCUGCAGGCCGCUCCAUGGCGGGGUGCCCCGCCCGGGGCUGCAGCGCCCAUGGCCGACCCUGUCCUUACAGUGACCUCGGAGAUGGCCGCUGGUGCCCAGCGCCGAGAGCAGCCACGCCGUGGGACUGUGCAGAAGGACACGGCCUCUGCAGACCCACAGCAGUCCUUGCAGGAGGCACUGUCCUUGCUCGGCAGCGAUGACUGGGAGCAGAAGGAGAAGGGACUCUUCAAGAUCAAACAGCUGGCUGAGUCCCAUUCAGAUGUCCUGCUUUCUCGACUUCGGGAUAUUUGCUUGGCACUUACCAGCGAGGUGACCAACCUCCGUUCAAAGGUGUCCUUCUCCGCAAUUGUCACUCUGGGAGAGUUCUUUGCAAACCUGAAGAAGGACAUGGACUCUGAGGUGGAUGAGGUUGCUCCAGUCCUUCUCCAGGUGGUGUGGAACACCCCAGAGUUCAUUCAGAAGGCAGCCUGUCAUGCCCUGAGGCUCAUGGUGGAAAAUGUGACUCCUGCACGAGCAAUGAUUGCUCUCAUGGACAGGGCAGUCAAGUAG